GAUGUUAGAAUAUGCAAUGCUAUAUUUUGGCAUUGACAAAAUAUAGUUUUUGGUUUAUCAUGUUUCCUUCAUUUGGUCAUUGUGAAUUCUAAAUAAAAGAAUAUAAAAUUUUAUUGUCUUUAAAUAGGCAUUGAGUUAUUGUAAACCAUAUGAAGCAAUUACUGAUGAAUCUGGUGAUUUUUUAGUACUAGUACGAUAAUUUUUUGUUUCUUCUCUUUAAUACUAGUCACAAAGAAAGAGUGGUGAUAAAGGAGAAGAAAUACAGACAAAGUUUAAUGCAGUACUGUUUGGGAGUACCACCCCUGUGUGAAGCUGAUUUUACCUCUAUGAAGAAAAGCAUCAGCCGUAGUUUUCCUCCAUUAGGUCCUCUUCUGAACAUCAUGGAAAACAUAGGAUGUUUUGAAAGCUGCCCUCCAGAGCAUCGUCCCCUGUUAGAGCUUCUAGGCAGUUCAUCACCUGCAUGUGCUCUUAUUCCAUACAAUGUAGUUAAUGAACAGAUCCUUUCAAAGAUGUUUGAUUCUCCAAAAGACAUAUCAAGGGAUGCAGAACUUCUGAACAGUAUUCAAAUUAACAUUCCUUUACUUUUUGAAAUACUAAAAUCUGUGUCAUUUGAAAUUUCUCCAGAGUAUAAGGAAAUAAUUUCCGAAGUAUUUGCCAAAUCCAAAGAUACAUUUCCUAAUCCAAGUGCAUGUACAUCAGACCAGUUUCCUAAACCAAAGACUGAAGAUCCUCUGACAAAGGAGGAGUUAGACAUUGCCUCCCAGACAGCCUUUUUCCCAAAGCUGGUACCUAUCCGUCAGAGGGGAAGGUAUACAGCAGACAAAGGAAAGUUUAAUGCUGAAAGCUGUAGGAAAGAUUCAACCAGACACCCAACAUUACUACCAGGGAUUUUCACUGUCUUUUGUGAACAUGGAAUUUGCUAUGGAUUCCAGAUAAUGGAAAACAACGAGUCCCCCAAUGUUCCAUUUACCUUCAUACGAACAAGAUUUUUAACAGCACCUUCUGUUGUGAUAUAUGAUAAUGCCUGCAAUCUGCAUGCAUACUUCUUGAACAGAGACCCUUUAUUUGUUCAAAAUACUACUUUUGCUGUAGACAACUUGCAUUGGAGAAACCACAAAUCCUGCUCCAAAAUCUACCAUGCAAAAAAUAUACCAUUGUUGGAUGGUGUUAAUACACAAAUGGUGGAACAGAACAACUCUAAACUGAGGAAGUUAAAAAGCCAGCUCUCAUAUAUGAAUCACCAGAAUUUCAUGAGCCACUUGAAAUUUUUUCUAUGGCAUUGCAAUAAAAGGGUACUUGAUAAAAAAUGAUGUUCUGCAGAAAGUGACUGUAGUGGCCAGGAGUGGAACUUUAAUGACUCAAGAAUUUAUUUCCAAUUACCAUAUUUUCAUUUAGCUAGAUAUUAUAUAUACUCUUCUAAAUUAAAAAGUUAACCUUUCACAACACCAAUUUCUAUUGAGGGACCAGUGCUGAUUUUUUAUUAGUAUUGAGUAUUUUGAAUUUUCAUUGUAUUUUGCUAGAAAGAGCACGGAGGAAGAAAAAUGCUUGAUUAAGUCACCUAAGAAUAUAUUAUUUAUAUACUUAGUAAUUGUGUUGUGCCUCUGGCUUGUGCACCAUGUGUCAAACCCAUGAAGUAUCACCUCCUACAAAUACGAUAGUACAUGUAUACCCCCAUUAUGACAUCAUAUUGUGAUACAAUUACAACGUACUUUUUGGGGGGUUUUAUGUAGUUAUGUAUUAUGUAAAGAAAGUUUCAUGUAAUGAAGAAAAGGUUGCAAGAAGAUUAUUUAGAAAGUAAAUUUUAUUACGUUUUGCUAUGAAAUGUAUAACACAAACACCUUAAUCUCAUAUAUGUCUUGGAUUAAAUGAAG